CUUCUCAGCAACGACUAAGCUUAUUUGUGUAUCUCUCUGAAUAAAAAUUAAAUAAAUCCCCAAAAAAAUUAAAAAUAAAACCCAGAAAAAUAGUAGCUUAAAUUCGUCAACUUUGCUGUAGAUUUUAAGCAAAGACCCAUUUUUCUUCUUCAUCUCUCUGUUUUCGCCGUUCUGUUUCAGUAUUGGGACCAAUGGCGGUUGGUCGUAGGGACAAAGCGGCGUCGUUUCGUGGAUCCCGAAUCGUCGUAGCCAUUGUGAUCGGCGUUCUCCUCGGCUGUGUCAUUGCUUUCCUUUUCCCUUACGGCCUCUUCAAUCCCGCCGCCUCAGUUCAAAAUCGUCGAAUCGGGAAAACGAAUUUCCAGAUUGGUUCUUCGUCAUGUGAAUCCUCAGAGCGGAGUAAGAUGCUGAAGUCUGAAAUCGUAUCCCUAUCAGAGAAGAACUCCGAAUUAAAGAAGCAAGUCAGGGAUUUGACGGAAAGGCUGCAACUGGCCGAACAAGGAAAAGAUCAAGCUCAGAAGCAGUUUUUGGUGUUGGGUGAGCAGCAUAAAGCUGGACCUUUCGGUACUGUCAAAGCUUUACGAACUAACCCGGCUGUUGUUCCCGACGAUUCCGUGAACCCAAGGUUGGCUAAGAUCUUGGAGAAAGUAGCUGUUCGGAAAGAGCUUAUAGUUGCACUCGCCAAUUCGAAUGUGAAAGAGAUGUUGGAGGUUUGGUUUUCUAGCAUCAAGAGAGUCGGUAUACCUAAUUACCUAGUUAUAGCUUUAGAUGACCACAUUGAAGAGUUCUGCAAAUCGAAUAAUGUCCCGGUGUACAAGAGGGAUCCAGAUGCGGGUAUUGAUGCCGUUGGGAGAUCAGGAGGCAAUCAUGCUGUCUCUGGAUUGAAGUUCCGGAUUUUAAGGGAGUUUUUGCAACUGGGUUACAGCGUCCUUCUUUCGGAUGUUGAUAUAAUAUACUUACAAAACCCAUUCAACCAUCUUUACCGGGAUUCUGACGUAGAGUCCAUGACUGAUGGUCACAACAAUAUGACUGCUUAUGGAUAUAACGAUGUCUUCGAUGAACCUGCGAUGGGUUGGGCACGUUAUGCUCAUACAAUGAGAAUAUGGGUAUACAACUCUGGUUUCUUCUUUAUAAGACCUACAAUCCCUUCAAUCGAGCUUUUGGACCGUGUAGCUGAUCGGCUAGCUAAACAACUAAACUCAUGGGACCAAGCCGUUUUUAAUGAGGAACUCUUUUUCCCAUCACAUCCAGGCUACGAGGGACUACACGCCGCUAAGAGAACCAUGGAUUUCUACAUGUUCAUGAACAGCAAGGUCCUAUUUAAAACAGUAAGGAAAGAUGCUAAACUCAAGAAGUUAAAACCCGUAAUUGUUCAUGUAAAUUACCACCCAGAUAAGCUUCGAAGAAUGAAAGCAGUGGUAGAAUUCUUCGUUAACGGCAAGCAAGAUGCAUUGGAUCCAUACCCAGAUGGCUCUGAGUGAGAUAGCAACAACGCCAUCAAGGAUCUCAUCUCGACCUAUGGAUGAUGGAUUGACUCUCCGGUUCUCGCUCGUUCCAAAAGCUACAUGAUUAUGGGUAUGUAAUUCUGAUAUUAUCUUACGAGAAGAGUGUCUGAAUAUCUUUCUUUACUCACUUUCUUUUUAACUUAAAGCUUUGUAUUACUUGCUGUAACUUUUUUUGUCAAACUUUACAAGCAGUUUAAUUAGUACACUUGUGCUAUAUUAUGCA